AUGACAAUCUUUAUAUGCAUAAUGUAGAUGAUCAUAUUUACAGUUCUUGCCUCUAAGAAAUCAAAAUAAAAGAACUAUGAGUAUUUAAAUGAAACAGUAUUAUUUAUUGUACUUACAGUUCUAGGUAAUUAUAAAUCUAAUGAUAAAUAGUUAGCUUUAUUUCUUUCUGUAUUUUGAUCUUUAUUAUUUUGGCAUGUUUACAUCAAAGAGGAUAUCGAUUUAUUAGAUAAGAAAACAAAAAAUAAAAUGAAAACUAGUAGCAAUAACAAAUGAUGGUGAUAGUACCAUCUCAUGAGAAAUAGCAUUACAAUUAAUUCCUUUAUGAUGUUAAUCAAACAAUGGAUAUAAGCAGAUUAUCAGAUAAUUAAUUUUGA